CUGUCAUGUAAAGCUUAAUUAGUGCGUGUGUACUCGCUGUUCUUCGCUGGACGAAUUAUCUUAUCAAACCAGCUGUUUGUUCGCGAUCCGUCCAUUCUGUUACAUCCGAAUAAUUUUGUUAAGUGAUAAGCGCAUUCGUUUUCAUAAUUCAUUUACUUCGCAACCUUGGUUCGCGUUAGUUUAACCCAAGUGCGCAUCCGCCGUGUAAUUAAAUAGGGCGUUGUCUCGAGCAAAUAGUACUAGUUCGCAAUGGAAAGCUUAGCUCAGUUCAAUUGCAAUGUGCCACUGGUGCUGUUUGUGAACGGGAAAAAAGUGAUCGACUCCUCUCCAGAUCCGGAGUGCACCCUGCUGGUGUAUCUGCGGGAAAAGUUGCGCCUCUGCGGCACGAAACUCGGAUGUGCCGAGGGAGGAUGCGGAGCAUGUACGGUGAUGGUGUCCAAGGUUGAUCGUAAAACGGGCUCGCUGCAUCAUCUGGCAGUCAACGCUUGUCUGACGCCCGUUUGUGCCGUGCACGGGAUGGCUGUGACGACGGUCGAGGGUAUCGGAAGUACUCGGACGCGCCUCCACCCCGUCCAGGAGCGCAUCGCCAAAGCGCACGGCUCGCAGUGUGGCUUCUGUACUCCUGGUAUCGUCAUGUCGAUGUACUCGUUGCUGCGCAGCUCUCCCGUUCCCUCGAUGAAAGAGCUGGAGGUUGCCUUCCAAGGGAAUCUGUGUCGCUGCACCGGCUAUCGACCGAUUCUGGAGGGGUACAAAACCUUCACCAAGGAGUUCGGCUGCGCCAUGGGAGACAAAUGCUGUCGCAACGGCAAUGGUAACGGAUGUGGACAGAACGGCAACGGAGAGCUAGACACCGAGCUGUUCCAGCCGAACGAGUUCGUUCCUUACGAUCCAUCUCAAGAGCCCAUUUUUCCACCGGAAUUGAAGCUUUCCGACAAGCUCGACUCUGAAUCGCUGGUCUUUCGUGCCUCCCGUACCGCUUGGUAUCGACCAACAACGCUCAACGAUCUGUUGGCCCUCAAGAAAGCCCAUCCGGAGACGAAGAUCGUCGUCGGUAACACGGAAGUGGGCGUGGAAGUGAAAUUCAAACACUUUGAGUAUCCCGUCCUCGCCAAUCCCAUCCAAAUAAAGGAGUUGACGACGAUCGAGCGACAAGCGAGUGGACUCAAAAUAGGAUCCGCCGUCACGUUGAUGGAAAUGGAGAUUGCGCUCCGGAAAGAAAUCGAAACCGGUCCUGAAACGGAGACUCGACUGUACCAAGCGAUCGUCGACAUGCUGCACUGGUUCGCUGGAAAGCAGAUCCGUAAUGUUGCCUCUGUUGGAGGAAACAUCAUGACGGGAAGCCCCAUUUCGGAUCUAAAUCCCAUCUUCACGGCUGCCGCGAUCGAGCUGGAGGUUGCCAGCCUAGACGGAGGCUUCCGCAAGGUGCGCAUGGGCGAUGGAUUCUUCACUGGCUACCGGAAGAACGUCAUUCAACCGCAAGAAGCGCUCGUGUCGCUGUUUAUCCCACGCACCACCAAGGAUCAAUACUUCAUCGCGCACAAGCAGGCCAAACGCCGCGAUGAUGAUAUUGCCAUCGUGAAUGGAGCUUUCAAUGUACGUUUCCGACCCGGUACAGAUAUCGUCGAUGAGAUCCAUCUGGCCUUCGGUGGAAUGGCGCCAACGACAGUUCUGGCCAAGAAGACGGCCACCACUCUAGUCGGGAAGCGAUGGGACGCACAGCUCGUGGAGCGUUGCAAUGAUUUGUUGGUGGAAGAGCUUCCCCUGAGUCCUUCGGCUCCCGGCGGCAUGAUCGUGUAUCGUCGAUCAUUGACUUUGAGUCUCUUUUUCAAGGCUUAUCUUGCCAUUGCACAAUCGCUCGAUAAGCAAUCCAUUCCCCACAGGACACCCGUUGGCGAACGGGAGAAAAGUGGUGCCAAUACGUUCCAUACGCUGGUACCCAAGAGCACUCAGCUGUUCGAGAAGGUUUCUGGCGAUCAACCAGCCACCGAUCCCAUUCGUCGACCGCAAGUGCACGCUUCGGCUUACAAACAAGUCACCGGGGAAGCUAUCUAUUGUGACGACAUUCCAAAGUUUGCCAACGAGCUGUAUCUAGCAUUUGUGUACAGUACAAAGGCACACGCCAAGAUACUGUCCAUCGAUGCAUCGGAAGCACUGAAACAGGAGGGUGUGCAUCGGUUCUUUAGCGCAGAUAACUUGACCGACGAGCAGAACCGUCUUGGUGCGAUCGUGGAAGAUGAACGUAUAUUCGCUAAAGACAUCGUUACCAGCCAGGGUCAAAUCAUUGGAGCAGUAGUAGCCGAUAAUGAAUCAAUAGCCAAUACCGCUGCUAGAAAAGUACGGGUUGUCUACGAGGAUCUGACACCGAUAAUAGUAUCCCUGGAGGAUGCAAUUGCACGCGAAGCCUUUUUCCCCGAGGGAUCAUUACGUUUGGAGUACGGAAAUGUAGAUGCCGCUUUCGAUUCGGCCUACGUCAUCGUGGAGGGUGAAUGUCGCACGGGGGCUCAGGAACAUUUUUACCUCGAGCCGAUCGCAUGCAUCGCUUACCCGCGUGAUUCAGACGAGCUGGAAAUCAUAAGCUGCAGCCAGCAUCCGGCUGAAGCACAACGUAAAGUAGCCAACGCACUGAGCAUUCCGUGCCAUAAAGUGUUUUCGCGUGUGAAACGUCUGGGUGGAGGCUUUGGAGGUAAAGAAACAAAGGUUGAUCUUUUCGUCACACCCGUGGCGCUGGCAGCCUAUCGUCUUCGACGGCCUGUUCGGACCGUCCUGGAUCGAUGCGAUGACAUGGCCGUUACUGGAACUAGACACCCGUUUUUGGUACGAUACCGCGUGGCGGUAUCGAACGAUGGACUGCUUUUGGCCGGCGAAUACAAAGCGUACUCCAAUGCAGGAUAUUCCAGAGAUCUUUCGUAUUCGGUUAUGCAACGGGCGCUUUUGCAUAUUCAAAACGCGUACAAGAUAUCCAACAUUCGUAUCGAAGGAUGGGUUUGUAAAACCAAUUUACCAUCCUGUACCGCGUUUAGAGGAUUUGGAUCGCCACAGGCAAUGUUUGUAGCAGAAACUGUUAUAAGACACGUUGCACAGGAGUUGAAACUCGAUCAUGUUUCGUUGAUCGAGAAAAAUUUGUACAAAAACGAAGGCGACCAUACCCAUUACAACAAGCUAAUAGAAAACUGUACAGUCCGACGAUGCUGGAACGAUCUGCUUGAAUCUUCCGCGUUUCGCCAGCGACAAACGCAGGUGGACGCAUUUAACCGUGCUAAUCGUUGGCGCAAACGUGGCAUCGACGCCGUGCCAACGAUGUACGGCAUCGCGUUCAACGUACCCGGCCUUGACCAAUCCGGAGCACUGGUGCACGUCUACCAGGACGGCACCGUCCUGAUCGCACAUGGUGGCGUUGAGAUGGGACAGGGAUUGCACACAAAGAUGAUACAAGUGGCGGCCACCGCUUUGCAGAUUCCGUUCGACAAAAUUCACUGCUCCGAAACGGGCACCGACAAGAUCCCGAACACAUCGGCCACGGCCGCUAGCGUGGCGUCCGAUUUGAAUGGGGCAGCGGUUUUGGAAGCGUGUCGUAAGCUGCAAUCACGCCUAGAGCCCUACCGGAAGAAGGACAGCGCCGGCGGUUGGAACGCUUGGAUCCGGCAAGCGUAUCUAGAUCGAGUUUCGCUGUCGGCCACCGGGUUCUACGCCACACCGAACAUUAACUACAAUUUCCGGACCAACGCUGGCAAUCCCUUCCACUACUACACAUUCGGUGCUGCAUGUUCUGAGGUGGAAAUCGAUUGUCUCACCGGCGAUCAUCAGGUGCUGCGUACCGAUAUCGUCAUGGACGUAGGUUCGAGCCUCAAUCCGGCGAUUGACAUUGGACAAAUCGAGGGAGGAUUCAUGCAGGGCUAUGGAAUGUUCAUGCUCGAGGAGAUGAUCUAUUCGCCCGCAGGGGAGGUAUAUUCACGUGGUCCCGGCACCUACAAGCUGCCCGGGUUUGCGAACAUCCCGGGAGAGCUGAACGUUUCACUGCUAACUGGAGCACCGAAUCCUCGGGCCGUAUAUUCAUCCAAAGCUAUUGGAGAGCCGCCCCUCUUCCUAGCAUCGUCCGUAUACUUUGCAAUCAAGGCAGCCAUUGCGGCUGCACGUUUGGAGGAAGGUGUCACCGGCAAUUUCAACCUUAUUGCUCCCGCGAGUUCAGCACGCAUUAGGAUGCUUUGCAGCGACACCAUUACACGAAAGUUCACUGACGAAACUGGUGAUGGAUCGUGGAAUGUUAUGGCAUAAUAGAAGGGCUCUUUUUAUCGUUGUGAGGUAUACACAAUCUACCGUAUUCUUAGUAAUUCCUUCGAUUCCCUACUCUGGCAUGUUUUGGUCGAUAAAUGCUCCAGAAACAUUGAAUUCAUUAGAGAAGCCAUAUAACCCGUUAGAAAUACACCUGUCUCUACAUUCUUUA